ACUUAAUAUUUGUGCUGAUUUGUGCGUGUAAGAUUUUAUUAAUUGUGUGAAAGUUUUGUAAAAUAGUUUCAAAGCAUAAUACUAUUAAUUUUUUAUUAUAUAAGAAAGCUAAAUAAGCAAAAGAAAUAAUAAGGAAGCACAUUAUUAGAUAAUAAAAAAUUAAUAUAAGCAUGGCAAACAAUAUGUUUUAAUAACUAGUGAAAUUGAAGGUAAAUAACAACAACAAAGUGGACGUCAACCCUACAAAAUUAUGUGUUUGCGCACAUUUGCCGCCGAUUUUACCGCGUGAAAAGUUAGCUGCAAACGAAUUACACUAAAAUAAAUUUUAUUUCAAGGAAUCUGUAAAAACUUGUUGUCUAAAUAACAAAAAGUAAUUUGCAUAACGCGCGAAAAUGUGGCAUACACUUUUUUUGAUGUGUUAAUUGACUGGUUAUAAUGAAUGGCUGCUGAAUUACCGCGUCGCCAGAUCCUACCCGGAAGUUCUAUAAUGAAUGUGGUUAAACAUAACCUCUAUGACGGGAUGACCUCUAAUCCCACAAACACAGGUCUACAAGCAGAAGAUCACAUAUAUUGCCAACGUCAAAACAGUAAUAUGACUUUAGAAAUACGACAACAGCAACAAAGUCAUAGUUCACCUCUACAGGCGCAGCAACAAUUUUUGCAGCGAAUCCAGCAUAAUAUACCUCCUCUACAACCACAAUUACCCUCACACAAACAACAAAAUUGUGCUGCAUUAAACAGACUAGAAGAAGUACCGCAAACGCUGCUACAGAACUCUUCGCAGCAGCACCAAAAGGUGACAACGUCCGCUACCGUUUUUACUUCGCACGAUUUGGCCGUGGAGAGUGUAAUGCCAGGCAUAUAUUUAACAAAGAACUUCAUCGCCUGGAAUGAGGAAAAUUUACGUUCACAUGGCUUUACACAUAUCAUAAUCAUAGACAAGCAUAUACAGGAAUUAUAUUAUCCUUCACCGAUAUUUAAAUUAUCCACAGAAAAUGUCACUGUGGAUGCGUUUGAUACAUAUGAAUACUUCAGUCAUCCAGCUACUCCGUCACUCAAAUUUGGGAAAGAAUUUGAAGCGAUUGAUUUGAAUUUUGGCGAAAAAUCCUAUUUAACCACUGUGUUGCCGAAUUGUUAUCGCGCUGUUAAAUUUAUUAAUAAAGCCUUACUAGCGGGUGGCACUAUCCUGGUGAUUGACUGUAAUGGCAGUGAACAAAAGUGUCUAACGAUAAUAGUGGCAUAUCUGAUGUACAAGCAUCAUAUAAAUUUUAGCAAGGCAUUUUCGCGCCUAAAAGAGCACUAUGAAAAAGCUGAUCUGGAUCGCUUUUAUAUGACACAAUUGUACGAAUAUGAACCAAUAUUACAGGUUCAGCGUGCACAAUCACGCGGUCAGAGUUGUUCACGUGAAAUGUACUCGGCGAUACUGAAACGUAAGAAGGGCGAUGAUGAGGAAACUUGCAUGUACGAUGGUAGUUUCUCUGCUAGCAAUACAACACAAGACUUUUUCAAUUCAUUAAAUCCUUUAAAAAAUUUUAAUGCAACAACAACAACAAUUGCGGAAAGGAAUUUGAAAACGGUAAACGCAUUUAGGCAACAAAGACAGCACAAUCAAUUGCAUGAAACACCGGUGCAACAAUCACAUGUUUACCGCCAACAUGAACAAAAUGCUUCAUCAUCAGCAAUUUACAGUAGCGAUGAUUAUGCUAUGGAGUAAGUGAACUGAGUAAUUUUUUCCAUGCCGACGACGGUGAAGCUCUUAGGUUAGUAAUUUUGUAUAUAAAUAUACACUUUAGAUAUUUAAGUAUGUAUAACUAUUUUUUAAUUAAUGAUAAAGUCAGUCCUUUUCUACAUUUAUAUGCAAAAUAUAUUUUUGACUAAGUAAACAAUUUAAAUCUUUUCACACAUAAAAACUUAAUCUGGUAAAUUAAACAUUCUCAAUUUACACAAAUAGUUUAUUUACAUACUUAUACAACAAAAAGUAAAUCUAAUACGAGCAUAUGUGGUUUUAUCAGUAGUGAAGUAUAUAAACCACAAUUCGAUAUAACGGAAAAAGUUCUUUUAUAUUCAACUGCCAUUUACGUGAUCGCACUGCGGACUAAGUGAAACUGAAAUGUAUAACCUAAAAUUUUAAUUUUUUUAAAUUGAAUAAUGAAUGCUUUUUUUUACUAAACUCUUUUCAAGUAGAAAGAGUUUUCAAAAAAAUGUAGCAUCUCUCAUUAGCCUUUGAAAUUAAAGUGCUUUCUUAAGAAAAAAUGCUCACUCGUAGAUGGUAGUGUUGUUGUUGUUGUAGCGACAAAAAACAUUCCUGAAGUAAUUUCGAGGAAUUGUGCCGAGUUGACAGUCCUUAGCCGGAUAAAAAUCCGGGUUCAUUCCGCUUACUAAGAUCCGACGCUGUGGGAGCGGUAAUAUUUUCUUUUAGUUAAUUUAAGGUGUUAUAUCCACUUGAAAGUCACAAAAAAUGGUAUUUCGUGAAUAUUUUUUUGAAGAGGCAUUUUCUUUAAUAAUAAAAUACUGUUAAUAAUGUACAUUUACAGAAUUUUAUGUACCUUCAUAAUCGGUAUAAUUUUUUUUGGAAAAAUUUUACAUUCCCUUGACUCCGGAGCCGAUCUCCAGGAGGACCUCGGAAAAAGGGUAUCUGGAUGUGAGAAAGGUUUUUAUGCUUAAAAUUAUCUCAAAAACCACAAAACAAAGACAUUUUUUUUGCAAUAAAUGAUGAAUGAUCUAAAGACUAGUCAAAAUUUUGAUUUUUGACAAAUGGCGGCUUCCCAAAAAAAUUUAGUUUUUGCGAAAAAUUUACAAUUCAAAAAUACUAAAUAAAAGUCAAAUUUUUUUAAAAAUAAAUUUUUAUUAGAUUAUUUUACAUACUUCUAGGCUGCAUUUGGCUUUAUUAAAUUUUAUGCAAUACUAAAAUGCUAAUUGACAAUAUAUUUAAAGCAAGGCGAAAAAGUUUAUGAGUGUACCGCAAGCGUAUAAAACUUGUUUUUAGUUUU